AUGAAUCUGAAAUUGUUGGUGAUUUUCUUGGUUGCGUUUUGCAGUUUCUCGGCUCCGACUUACGUGAUUAAUAAACUCUAUUAUUUCGAAACUUACUAUAAGGCGUCAUGGUACAAAGCCUUUAUGGCCUGCAGUAAACUGGGCAUGGAAUUGUUGAGCAUUGAUUCCGUCGAGGAGUUCGAUAAAAUUCAUACGCUCGUCAAGGAGAAAAUGGAAUAUAGGAAUGGUCUGACGAUCUGGACAGCUGGAGCGAUGAAGGAUGUAGGCGAAUUUAAUUGGAUGAAUACCGGAAAUCCGGUUCUAUCUACAAGAUGGCAUCAGGGUGAACCGAACAAUGACGGUGGAAACUCACACUGCUUGCAGAUUUGGAUCAACAACAACAGAUUCUUGCUGGACGAUACUCAAUGCUCCAAUGAACGCUUCUUCAUUUGCCAAUCGUAUAAAACUUAA